CGGCGGAGCGAAUGGCUGUGCUGGGAGCGUGCAGCGUCCUGGUGACGGGAGCCAACCGCGGCAUCGGCCUGGAGCUGGUCCGGCAACUCCUCAGCAAGCCCGACGCGCCGCGAUGGAUCUUCGCCUGCAGCCGGGAACCAGACGGGGAGCGCGGACAGGAACUCAGGAAUCUGGCUUCCAAGCACCCAUACCUUGUGAUGGUGAAGUUAGAUGUUACGAGUUCCGCAAGCAUUAAAGAUGCUGCAGUGUGUGUGGAGAAUCACCUGAAAGGGUCGGGACUGAAUCUGCUGAUCAACAACGCCGGCAUUUAUAAAAAUGUGGCACUGGACGUGGUGGAUGAGGAAGAUAUGAUAAGUGAAUACCGAACCAACACGAUUGGGCCACUGUUAGUGAGUCAGGCUUUCCUGCCUCUGUUGAAGAGGGCAGCCCAAGGAAGCUCAGAGAAAGGGCUGAGCUGCAGCCGGGCAGCCAUUAUCAACAUUGCCUCCAUCUUGUGUUCCUUUGAUUUAUUCCCCGUGUUAUAUGAUAAACCUGCAGUUUCGUAUCGUUGCAGCAAGGCUGCUCUUAACAUGCUGACCCUGUGCCAGGCUCUGGGUUACAAGGAAGACGGCAUUCUGUGCACAGCGAUUUAUCCAGGAUGGGUGAAGACCGACAUGGGCGGCCAGGAGGGCGAGCUAACUGUGGCUGAGAGUGUUCAAGGGAUCCUGGAUGUAGUCUCCAAACUCAGCGAUGAACACAACGGCGCUUACCUUAACUGGAAGGGAAGCAAGUUGCCUUGGUGACUUCAGCGGGCUGGACUGAGCUUUGCAAUAUCCCAGGUUGUUUCUGCGGCAGAUACCUGGGAUCAAGGAAGUGGCAGCACUGUUGCUAAGAUGGCUUCAUUACUAAGGGAACCAGUUUGGUGUGGGGUUAAGUGUGCGGACUCUUAUCUGGGAGAACCGGGUAUGAUUCCCCACUCCUCUACUUGCAGCUGCUGGAAUGGCCUUGGGUCAGCCAUACCUCUUGCAGAGCUGUCCUUGAAACGGCAGCUUCUGUGAGAGCUCUCAGCCCCACCCAUCUCUGUUGUGGGGGAGAAUAUGUGGGGGAGAUAGUAAGCCACUCUGAGGCUUUGAUUCCAAGAGAAAGGCUGGGUAUAAAUCUACAAUCUUCUUUGCUCAGCUUGCUUGGUACACAGAACUUUCUUUUCUAUGAAUAAAUAAAUCCUACAUG